UCCAGUGAGUGGGGGGAUGCUUGCUGGGCCCUCCCUUCCAGGUGGCUUUCGGGGGCGGGGAGAACGCGCACUUUCUAAUUCUGACGAAGAAUUAACAAACAGUCCUGAAGUUUAUAAAGUAACAUUUAUAUUUCCUAACCUAGAUAAUAGCUCCACUGAAACAAAAAGAAUAGUUAAUAUCAUAGAUUUGAGAGAGCCUGUGAGAAAUUGCUGCAGGGUCAGAGGAAAACUCAUAAAACUUAUACACAGAUGUGUGCAGAGAGAUGGUGAUUGUACAAGAACACCUGAUGGAGCUCUUGAGAGGAAUGGCUACGGAGUUCAUACCACUCCAGAUGGAAUUAUUUACAAGGGGAAUUGGAAGAACGAUAAGAUGAAUGGUUUAGGAAGGGUGGAAUAUCCUUCUGGUGCAGUUUAUGAAGGUGAUUUCAAGAACAACAUGUUGCACGGAGUAGGAACGUACAUAUUUCCUAAUGGAGCAAAGUACACUGGACAAUUCAGUGAAAACAAGCUGGAAGGGAAGGGAGAAUUUACAGACACAGAAGGCCUGGAAUGGGACGGCACAUUUCAUUACACAGCAGCACCAGGGCUGAAGUUAAAGCUGGAAAUGUAGGAUAUUUUAUACUGGAAGAAAAGCAUGUGUUUGCCUUUUGUGCUUUUAACUUUGACCAAGCUUUUCUAAAGCAGAUAAUUUCUUAACCUAGUGAUAAGAAACAAUGAAUAAUUUUUAAAAUAAACACUGGGCCUUUUAAAAAAUGA